UCCAGCUCAGCCCUCCCGGCAGCGCAACGGGCGACAGCGAGGUCGCCUGUAGUUUUACUACAAACGCAACCAGCAAACUCUUAGCGGACCGGACGCACCCUCGCGAGAGAGGUGCUGCGGCAUCGUUCUGGGUGUUCAUAUGGGAGACACCCUUUUUAUUUCUGGAGACAUCUCUGGAAACAAUCCGAUUGCGAUACUGACCGGGGCUGGCAGAGUAGCCAGCCUCCAUGCUUGAGGACGGCUCGGGGCCAGAGGCAGAUCUGACCCAGCUUCCUGGCCCCCAUCGUCCAACUGUGACUCGUCUCUCAAGAUGAUCGCGAGUACCGGCUAUCUCAUCCUGCUGCUGGUGUCGCUCGUCUUCCCGACGGUACACUCCCAAUCCAUCCCGCUCCUUCGGGUCCCUAGGCAGCACGCCAACCCGCCAAGCCUCUACAGCAGCAACGGCACCGUCUCCGACAUCAACGGCUUGUUCGUACGGUCUCUCUCGUCCUGUGGUGUAUUCCUAACGUGCCAGCCACAGCGCCUACCUAGUCCGCAUGGAGUAUGUAACACCACACACCAACCUGGGUGGCACAAGAGAUUGAGUGCUAACUGUCAACCCACAGCGUCGGCUCGCAGCCUUUCCUAGUCCUUCUUGACACCGGCUCGUCCGACCUAGUGAGUUGCGUCGUUUGGUGUGCGCAGAGGGGACAUGACCUCUCAUCAUCUCCGACGCCAGUGGGUGGUGUCUUCUAGCUGCACGGAGGACGACUGCGAGGCCGUGCCCAGAUACCAGCCGACCUCGACGCUCGACCUGUCCUCCGGGUCCUUCGCGCUCCAAUACCUGCUCGGCGAGGUGUCCGGAGCUAUCGGCACCGAGACCGUCAGCCUCGGGCAGAUUGAGAUCCUCUCGCAGGUGUUCGCACUCGCGAACUCGACCGCGGGGCUCGGCCUCAGCGCGACGGGCAACAGCGGCAUCCUCGGGCUCUCCUUCGCGACCGUGGCCGCGAUCCCGGGCACGGCGGGGCGCACGCUGCUCGAGAACCUGCUCUCGCCCUUCGCGGCGCCCGACCGGUUCUUCGCCUUCCGGCUCGGACGCGACGACGCGAGCUCGUCCUUCACCGUCGGCGCGCUCGACCCGGCGUACGCGAACGCGACAUCCGAGCUCGCGUUCACGGACGUCUACCCCGUCGGGCGCGACAGUGCCGGCGGCGCGGUGUACGACUACUGGAAGGUGCCCGUGCAGGGCCUGACGGUGAACGCGAGCGCGUUCGCGCUCUCCGCGUCGCGGCGCGUGCCCGGCGCGCCGUCGCCGAUCGCCGUGCUCGACACGGGCACGACGCUCAUGCUGGGGCCUGCGGAUGACGUAGACCGGCUCUGGGACUCGAUCGGCGGAGCGCGGAAGACGGAGACGGGCUGGCAGGUCCGCUGCGACCGCGCGGUCGUCGUCGGCGUCGUGCUCGGCGGAGCGGGGGGCGACGACUCCCGCGCGCACGAGUACGCCAUCGACCCCGCGGACGUGAGCUGGCUCGGUGGCGGGCGCGACGGGGACUGGUGCAUGGGCGGCAUCCAGGGCAACGACGACAUUUCCUCCGGCGACUGGCUUCUGGGCGAUACGUUUCUCCGUAACGUGUACGUCGUGCACCACGUCGGCAACAGCACCCAGCCGCCUUCGAUUGGUCUGAAGGGCCUGACAGACCCCGAGGCUUCUCUGAUCAACUUUCGACUCGAACGGGGCAACGAUCCUACGGCUCCUGUCCCUGUCCUGGGCACGGUGGCACAUGGUGGACACGCCAUUAGCGAAGGGGCCAUCUGCGGUGUCGCGGCGGCAGGGGGCUUUGUGUUUGGAGCUGUGCUGACGGUCGCGAUCAGCGCAUGUGUGGCAAAGGGAACAAGCAAGUACUAGAUUGGCUAUAGAGAUGACGAAUGCGUAUUUUACAAGAAGCGGGAGAACGAGAUGGAUCGAGGAUGCUGAGAGACAUAUUGAUAGAGGAAGCGGAGAAGAGUGCGGUGGGAAAUGAAGAUGCUACAUUUGCUUGUGUCCUGGGACCGGUUGUGGCGACUGGUACGCGGAUGGCGUGGGGUAUGCGGGGGCGUAGCCAGGCUGGAAGGCCUGGGGACCCAUGAAGCCCUGCUGGGGAGGAGGCUGCUCGCCGACGACCUGAGGCUGCCAUCCUGGCUGGAUGGGCAGCGACCACUGGCAGAUGGGGCAGAACCAUAGGCGCUUGGACCUGAUAGGAACGAGGGGGACGAAGCAGAGCUCGAACCACAUGCGGGACUUUGCGGGGUACACGGCGGCGUUGUUGCAGCGUGGACAGACCCUCGGGGUGAUGUCGCCAUCAGGCUUGACUGUGUUCUUGCAGCCCACUAGGACGGGGAGACAGACUGGCAGAGGAGAUCAGGGGGUGAGCGAGGGCGACGAGCAGGGGACGACGUACAGAUGAG